AAGAUCAGAUCAUCAAACAUCUGUGCGACUCCCACAUCUGGACACAAACACUCUAAAAAGGUGAAUCGGGUCACAAACGCAGCUCGUUUACACUUUUCCGGUGUUUUGACACCGCCGAGGUCACGUGACGGUGUUGUCAGCUGUGCGUCGCCAACAUGGUGAUCUUCAGUGUGUAUGUGGUGAACAAGGCUGGAGGUUUAAUUUACCAAUACGACAACUAUGUCCCGAGAGCGGAGGCUGAGAAGACCUUCAGCUUCCCGCUAGACCUGGUGCUCAAACACCACGAUGAAAAAGUGAUCGUGUCGUUCGGACAACGCGACGGAAUCAGAGUGGGACACGCAGUGCUGUCCAUCAAUGGAGUGGAUGUGAUUGGGAAGAACACAGGAGAAGGGAAGGACAUCCUCGAGUACUUGAAAGAUCCCUCAAACUAUCCUGUGUCUAUUCGCUUUGGACGCGCACGCCUGAGCUCCAAUGAGAAGCUGAUGCUAGCGUCCAUGUUUCACUCGUUGUUUGCUAUAGGUUCACAGCUGUCUCCAGAUGUUGGCAGCUCAGGGAUCGAGAUGUUAGAAACAGACGUCUUCAAACUCCACUGCUUCCAGACUCUCACAGGGAUAAAGUUCAUUGUGCUGGCUGACCCUCGACAAUCUGGUAUUGAUGCACUGUUGAGGAAGAUUUAUGAAAUCUAUUCAGAUUUUGCCCUCAAGAACCCGUUUUACUCUCUGGAAAUGCCAAUAAGGUGUGAACUCUUUGAUCAGAACCUGAAGGGCGCGCUGGAGAUCGCAGAGAAAGCCGGCAACUUCGGAGCUGGAUCUUGAGGCAGGGAGGAAUAACAAGAAACAACAUGAAUCUCCCUGAACGAUUGUUUCACGAUCACGAUUUCUACGACUGAGGACCUUGUUGAGGAAAAUGAAGUGGAUUCUCUUGGGAUGUGACACAUUGUAAAUACUAGAUGUUUUGUAAAUACUUGAAAAGAUUAAACCCACUUGUGU